AUGGCACCAAAGAAGAACGGAAACUGGCCGGUCGACGGAAGAAUAACGCGGGCACAGAUGGCUAAGGCAAAAGGGAAGGAAAAAGGGACGUUGGAAGGAAGCACAGACAGCACGCAAGCAGAGAAACUAACCACGGGAACAGGAAGUGGUGGAGAAGUCCAACCGGGAAGGAGCCAGGGCUCGGUACCGACCGUAGCUACAACGUAUGCAGAAGCCACAAAAGCGACUCCACAGGGCACAGCGGUUCCCACUCAACAGAAAAACGGGGAAACUGAAGCUCGAGUGGUCUAUCUUGAACCCGUUGACACGGAGAAGGGCUUUCCGCGACACUCUCUCGAGUUGGCAAGAAUUCUGUCGGAAAAGGGUUUCACGGCGUUUGGGGACAUCGCGCAGAUCGGUCGUUUCAGAUUCAGAGUGGACCUGGAAAAUGCAGGCGCAGAAGGGCAGCUUCAAGCACUCAAUCUGUCAAAUCACAACAUUCGGUUCCUCAACCCGAAGAAAUCGAAAAGGACCAUUCUUUUUGUGAAGGGAGUACCAGAGGACUUCGGGGAGGAGGAGUUGAAGGACUUCACAACGACGGAGACAGAGGUCCUAGCAGUCGAACGGGUCAAGAAGAAGGUGGACGAGACCCUCGUCAACACCACGAGCCUGAGGAUUACAGUUGCAGGAGAAAAGGUUCCCCGGCUGGUGAAAAUCUACGGAUGCGCGUUCCGAUGUGAACUGUACAUCUUCCCGAUCCGACAGUGCCAAAAUUGUUGGAGAUUUGGACACAGCGCCAAGAAGUGUACCAGCAGACAUCGUUGCCGAAUUUGUGGAAGGAGCCACAAAGAGACGGAUUGCGGGGAAGCAGAUCGCUGUUCGAACUGCAAAGGGCAGCAUCGGGCCUCCAGCAAGGACUGUCCGGAGCGAGAACGGAGACGCAACAUCCUGGAGACCAUGAAGAAGAAGCAGGUGGGCUACACGGAGGCGGAGAGUGAGUUCCCGAAACUCACAAACCGAUUCGCGGAUCUGCCGGUCGAUGAGGAAGAAAGCGACUGCAACGGAACGGGCAAGCCCGUUGGACAGUUUCGUCCGCGGCCGAGGAUUUGCUCCCAACCUUCCGAAGAACAAGACCAGCAGGAACAAAGAAAUGCAGAAUCAGCGGAGGCAAUCCGGAGUGGGCAAAGAAAGGAGAACACGGAGUGCCAGUGCUCGACAAAUCCGUUCAGGACCACAGAUUUCGAACGCUUCCUGGACCAAUUGCGGAAAGAUUUCCUGGCGGAAACGCGGAACCACGUUUGGGUCCAGCCGUUGAGACUUCUGCUGGUCCAAAUCGGCAGAAGAGUGCACGAAGUGAACUCAGAAUUGGACAGAGAUCAACUCAUCCUGGAGAUCGGCAACAACAUCCAGGAUAUCGUCGAGAGGAACACACCGAACAACAGCAUAAGCAGAACAGCAGGAUCGAGCAACAGUGGAGUGUAA